GUGAGACAUAUCAGCACAAAUGGAGGUAUGACUGAGGCACAAACACCAGACUGCAUUAAUAGGACUGACUUACUCCAAGUCUCAGAAAAUUACCAGCAAGACAAUUGUGGCAGGAGCAAAUUUCACAGAAGUGAAAUGAUUUCACAGCGUGUCGGUCGAGCUGAGCAAACUGAACAGUCUGAGAAAGGUCUGUGUGGAGAACAGAAAUGGAGAUUUUCCAAACCACCCGUGACCAAAGUCAAGCUGGGGCUUCGUUUGGAACAACAUGAACUUAGUGUUAUACCAGAGGUAGACACACCGAAGAGUUGCAACAUUUCUUUUACAGAUUCUGUUGGUGGAGAAUCUUCUCCUAUUUCGAGCACUGGGGAGUUGGCGUAUGGCAAACACUACAGUCGUGUUCUUCGUGAAGAAGGCGGGUUACCUUCAAGCACAACAAACUACGAGGAACAGAUCUCUAACAGUCCCAGGCCAAGUAAACAGUCAAGUGGAUUAUUACAAGAGGUGCUGAUGAUGACUGCUGAAAAUUCAUAUGAUUCAGGCCAGUCCCAGGAUUCUCAAGUGUCUCAAGAUUCGCCAGUUCCCGCUGCUGAAAUGGGGGAUGGAGUUACCAGGCACACUGGACCUUCAUUCAGACUCGAUAAUACGGAAGUACCUUCUGAAGUAGUGUCUGCAGACUUGCAUUCAGAGGCUUUUAUGCAAAGAGUGCCCUGUGAUUUAUCUUCAACAAUCUCCACUGGAAGCUUUUUGACUAGUGAAACGUUGGAUGGAAGCCCUGCUGACACCGGAUUGUCAUCUGAUAGCACAGGAGUUCGAAUCUUGAGAGAAACAGCAAGCCGCCCUUGGAACUCCUCGCUGCCUUCUGCCUUGCAGCAGAGGCAAGAGAGGGUGUCUGCAGCAUCUGAAACCCAGCUGCCUGAAGGAGAGAGGUACCUUUAUAAAGCAAGUCCGAUACGGCAGGUCCUGGGGAGAUGCACCGGAGACUUGAACUCUUACUCGGAGGACAACGCACGUUUCCAAGCUUUGGAAGCUGAACUUGAUUUUCCUGAAAUGGAGAGACCUUUUCUGAGCUCCCAUCAGCAGCUCUUUCAGGCUUUGGAACCAAGUCUUGAAUCUGAUACGUCAUCGUCCUGUUCUCCGUACGGAACUUCACAAGACAGUCGAGAGUUUAGCAAGACUUCAAAAUUUCCAACAGAAAGUCAACACCUGUCUACCUUUCUAGAAGUGGGGAACUCUGGUGUGAAUAUGCAAAGCAGCCGUCUGCCUUCAAGUCCUGAAACAAACGGGCCAAAGCGCGUCACGUCGGAAGAGUCCGUUAGAGAAAGCGUUACCCUGGGAUCUGAAGACUCUUUCCACCCACUGCAAUUCGAAUCUACCCCGAGUGAUCACAGUCAGAAUGCUGAUCGGCCCGUGGACCUUAACGCCACCUUACAGAUCUCUUUGGAACAAACCCCUGGAAUUAAAAAAGGGGGCAAUGAGAUCUGUAUUUCAUCUGCCAGAGAAUAUGAAGAACUGGCAAGAAACAUGGAAUGUAUUAACCUCCAGUGUCCAGUGGAAGAUCUGCAAAACGAAAGACUGAAUCCACUGGAAGAGCAAAACUCAUUUUAUCAGCUAAAUACCUCACCAGUGACAGUAGAUGAAACUUGCCCUCAACACUUCCUAAAAGAGACUGUGUCUUCGGAAAAAUUACUUGUGGAGGCAUUUGAUCAGAAGUAUGUGCAGCUUCCUGAAAAAGCAUUUCAUGUACAUGAAGCAAAUAAAUCUCUGGAGCUCGAUUCUCAGUGUAAUGCAAAUACAAAGGUGCCAGAUCAAGUCUUUCUGGAAGUACAGAAAUCUUUGAGGGUUCCCAGAGAAACCAGCCUGGAAGACUCGGGCACCCACCUGCAGGCUGUCGUACAACAGAACGGUUCCCUCCUGGAAAGGCGUGACAAGCACUGCAGUUCGGUGCCCGGCAGCUCGUGCUGUAUUCCUGUCUGGGAGACUGAGUCAGGGGGUGGUAUUAUGGAAGAACCUGAACUCACGCUGGUGAGCUCGAAUGACAUCAGUCUUGCAGAGUCAGGCGCUGAAUGUACCGACGGAGAGAAAAUGAAGGAGGAUAAAACCAACAACCCAGCCUGUGCGGAUCAGUCUGAACUCAGUGCUUUUGCCGAGGAGAGAGAAUUUUUCCCACUAGCUCCAGAUGCAGAUUAUUCCACAUCUGUAAGGCUGAACACUCCUUCCGAAGCCCGGAGUCCUGGUGGCAGUUGCUUUCCACCACAUCAGACUGCAGUGAUGUUGCUGGAGUUUGCUUCCACCCCGGGAAGUUUGCAAGAAUCUUUUGUAAAGAGAAAGAAGACCUUCAUCCAGAACUCUCUGAAAAGAGUAGAAGAAAUAAAAAACAAAGAGAGAGAAGAUGAAAAGCCAAAAGCCAGGCCGUUUCAAAGAGGAAAGCCGGGGAAGUUAGACAGGCGGAAGGAGCCCCUCAUCUCCGACAAAAAAGGUGCAGUUGCCAGGCAGUUGAAGAAGGUGGGAGAAGUGAGGGUGUCCUCUCCAGAAGACGGGACCUCUGGAGAAACCGCACCGCCCCAGCGUGCUUCAAGCCUCCCUCAUCAACUUCCACAAGUGGGAAAGGAAGAAGCAGCCAGGCUAGAACCUUGUGCUAAAACCAGAGAAAAGGCCAAGGAGUUUCAGAAGAAAAUGCUGGAAAAACUACGAACCAAGAAGUCUGGGAAAGUGCUGUGA